AUGGCUGAGGUUGACCACGAAGUCGUAAUUGAUGCUGAGGAGUCUGAUCACAGUGGAUAUGAACUUGAGAGCGUGGCAUCUUCGACGACCAGUCUCGCUGCCUCCAUUCUUGAUUAUCGCAUCGAGAAUGGCCGGACAUAUCACCGAUAUAAGGACGGAAAAUACGGCAUGCCCAAUGACGAAAAAGAGUCGGAUCGGCUAGACUUGCAGCACGAGAUUUGCCUCUACACGUUUGAUGAUAGACUCGGAUUGGCGCCACAAUGCGACGAGACCGCAAAGGUCGGACGAGUGCUUGACAUCGGAGCUGGGACUGGGAGCUGGGCUAUGGAUUUUGGUGACUUACACCCCGAGUCCGAGGUGCUGGGUGUUGACCUCUCGCCUGUACGCGCGGACUUCUUACCUCCGAAUGUCAGGUUCGAGGUUGACGAUGUGGAGGAAGACUGGACUUUUUCGCAGCCUUUCGAGUAUAUCCACAGCCGGUUCAUGACCGCAGCUAUUAACGACUGGGAUAAGUACAUCAAGCAAUGCUAUGACAAUCUUACCCCUGGUGGAUACCUAGAGCUCCAAGAAGCCGAGGUCAUGCCUAAAUCUGACGACGACAUGUUGCCCAAAGACUCUGCGAUCAUCAGAUACGUCAACAUGCUGCAGGAGGCUUCUGAAAUGUCGGGUCGCGUGUUCGUUCAGGCGCCCCCGCUGAAGAACAAGAUGAUUGAGGCUGGUUUCGUCGACGUUGAGCUCCGCGUCUUCAAAUGGCCUCACAACGACUGGCCAAAGGAUGAGAGAUACAAGACGCUCGGCUUGUGGACGCUGGAAAAUUUCGGUACUGCACUCGAAGCCUUGUGCAUGGCCGCUUUCACCCGCGUGCUCGGCUGGACGCGCGACGAGGUUAAUGUCUUCCUCAUCGACGUUCGCAACGACCUCAAGAACAAGAGCUACCACGCGUACUGCCCUGUCUACUGCAUCACUGGUCGCAAGCCGGAGAAGGAGAAGACCCCGCCGGUUCCCCAGGAGGAGACGGAGGCAGAGGAGGGAGCGCAAUGA